AACUGUUACGCGUAAUACGUAGUACUUUUACCACGCACUGAUCGAACUUGCUACGAUGAGCAACUUUAUCCGUAAGUGUUAAAAGCUCCCACGUUGCUACGAAGGAGCGUACUAAGUUGAACUGUAUCCAUUUACUUAUGCUGGUUAAUUACACUUUACGAACAUUAACCACGGCGAAAUGGCGCAGCGCCUCGUUGUUGUAUUCCUCGCACAGGUUACUGUGAUACUCCUUAAUCUACCUGGAUACAGCAGCCUGGGAGAUGUUAUGCCCACGGUGAUUUCCGAACGGAUAACGCUGGAUGCUAAUCAGCCUUACCUGCUGAAAUCCCUGCAGUACCCUGCACGAUAUCCUCCUGGAACCGUGUACGUGUACUCCAUCAGUGGUGCAGGCCAACCUAUUAAGAUUGCAUUUAAAAGCUUUUCCUUCGGAUUAUUAGGACGAUCGACACAGUAUAAUGACGGCUGCACAGGAGAGCGCGUUAACAUCUGGGACACAAAAUCUCCAGCCGUGCCUAUUAAAUUCGCAUGUGGAACGUCAUCGGAGGAUGUUGUAUCCGACGGUGAUACGAUUAUCAUCGAGCCGAUGGUUGGUGACCUUCCCACCGCUACUAACAGCUUCCUGUUGGAAUUAACACGUGUACAGUGUGGUCGCUCGACGCCCCUAUCGUGCCCUUCUGAAACAUCCAAGUGCAUCACCCGAGACCAGAUUUGCGACGGAAUUAUGCAGUGUCCACAAGGUGAGGACGAGAUCUGCACCAUGGACUGCGGCCAGCAUUCCGGUGCGAUUGAUACCAGCGAAAACCUGCGGAUCCUCGGCGGCAUUCCGGUACAAGAGAACAGCUGGCCAUGGCACGUGCGUCUGCUGAUUCCCUAUCUCGAAAAUAACCAGGUCGUGUGGAGAAACUGCCAAGGUGCCGUGAUAGCAUCACGGUGGGUUAUGACGGCCGCACAGUGCGUAGCCAAUUCUGCCAGGGAUGCGGCGACUAUGAAAGCGCUCGGUGCAAACAACCUCAUCUCGGUGGCGAUCAUGCCGCACAACUGCACAUUUGACCAUACGUUGAUCAUGACGCAGCGGAUAUUCCUCCAUCCUUUAUGGCAGACAAAACGGGAUGACUCGCUAUUCUACGACAUGGCGCUACUCUACCUGUUUGUCGAUAUUCCCUUCUCGGACGCCGUGCGACCCGUCUGCCUCCCGCGGCCUAACACGGGAGCGAAUAUCGGGGAAACGUGCUACGUAGCUGGCUGUGGGACGACCAGUCCCGGUGCCCGCGACCAACUAUUACAGUCCGCACUGCCUAUCGCACCUCUUUCGACGUGCCUCGGGCAUUUUUGGCCAACUCCCGAUAAAGUCUGUGCUGCCCCCACCAACGGAACGAGCGCGUGUGUGUGGGGCACGGGCGGACCGUUGGCCUGUCGAAGGGAAACACUCGGGAUGAAUCAAUGGAUCCUGUCGGGAACAAUUUCAUAUGGAGAUGGAUGUAUGAGCACCCCAGCCGGGUUUGCGGCCAUCCCCAUGGCGAUGCCGUUCAUCAUGCAGACACUGUACGCUCAGAGCUUCCAGGGGUGGUUUGCCAAUCGCACGGUGCCACGAAUCGGCGAUCUGGAGCCCGGUGGCACCAAUCAGACUGCCAGUCAAGACAGCGUGCCGGUACCACUGCGAUCCGAACCGGGACCGUCCUCCUCGGCUGAAUGGGUCGUUCCUCGUUCGUCUCAGAUAACAUUGCCGGCGGAGGUAUCAGUAGCGUUCACUCCUUCCUGCAUUCUUAACAUCCUGUUCCCGUCGAUCAACGGGGUACUGGACAGCGGAACGGUGCGAUUCGUCAACCAGCCUUGAAAACCAUCCGCGAAGACGGUCUCCAUGAUGAACGACAUGACCGCGGGUACUCGCAGGAACAAGCUCGGUGUAUUGCCGCACAUCGUGGCCAGGUCUCUACAGGCAAAUGCUUUACCGGUAACGUCUGCUCGAUGCGCACACGGGUGUUUCUAAGGCGGUCGAGUUGGCCGUAUUACGGCCCAUCACUUACCCCAACCCCGCCGACACUACUCCAAACAAGAUUCAUUGAUUCGCACCUAAAAACAUGAUACAAUUGCUCAAUUCAAGUUUCUGGUAAUCAUUUUUCAAUUUAUCAAUAAAGUGCUUUGUUUGCGAAGCUAUUCCCUUUCCGGUGGAUCGCCAAACCAACAGAUCGGCUGUCCAGAAUUGCAACGGUAA